AUGAGGGUACUUACCGUAUUUCGAGCACUGCUCCCUGCAGCACUGCUCCUGCUUCACGCCAGCGCUCUCCCAUCACCUGGAUCGAGCACACCUUCCUCGCUGGGCUCGGAGGAUGCUUUGGCGCGCAGAGACCCUGGGGCCGCAGCAGAACUCAGCUACGUCGUAAUAGCCGCAGGCAUGCGCGCGGCGGCCAACGAUGAAGAAGAUGACGCGCCCUACUGUCAUGAAAAUGGCCGCGAAUACAUCCACUUCAUCGAGCCGUCAACACCGAACACCACCUGGUUCAUCUGGACGCCGUAUUGGCUCAGCUAUACAGCAGCACUGCGGCAUGAACUGGUUAAAGACGGAUUCAACAUGACCAGAGCACGCGGCUCGAACUGUGGAUGGGCUAAGGUCGCCGAUGUAGAAAGAAUUGGUGUAUACCGUGGCGCAGUUGGGUAUCGCCCUUCGGAUGGCUUGGAUGCGAAAACAGCUCCUAUAGUUAGCGAGGAGGUCGUAGCAAGGAUCGUGAAGGUUCUAGAGAGGACGUAUCCGGUUGGAGAGAUUGUCACGAUAGUGGUGGUGAUUCUUUUCAUGUUUGUAAUAGCGCCAAGCCUUAUCGGCUGCUGCUGUGGUUAG